CGGCGCCGGAAAUACCAAGGGACUUGGGUGAGUUUAAAGUUUAAGGACCUUUUUAACUAAAGCAAACGCAUCAAUUGCCAUAGCGAACCUCCAAGCAAAACGAUUAUAAGAAGCUACAAAGAUGGUAUAAAAGGACAAAGCUGUUAUCAGUGACACUCGAAAAAGAUUAUUCGAUAAAUCGGCGAUUGCGCGCGCGCCCUGCCGGCGACCUAGACAAAAACCCGGGCCCGCUGCAUUUUCGUUUCAUAAUCAGUUGAGCAUUUUGAAAGUGCGGUACUACCUUCGACUCCAAAUGGCUUCCGACGAGACAAUAGUAAAUAACGGCAGCGAACAGUACUUCGAGGGGGUGGAAAAACUGCUGGAGAUAUGGUUCACCACGUCGGAUGGAGACGACAAGUACGCCGACUUGAGAAACAUACCCAGGUCAAAGUUGGAAUCUCUGAUGAAGAUUGUUAGAUGCGAAAUCAUCAGUUUUGUCCAGAACGAUCAGAUCGACGCCUAUGUACUCAGUGAAAGUUCAAUGUUUAUAUCGAAAAGGAGAUUCAUAUUGAAGACAUGCGGAACCACUACUCCCUUACUAUGCCUGGAACCUCUGCUUCUUUUGACAGAAAAAUACGCGGGUUUCAACGAAGUUGAAGAUUUAUUCUACUCCAGAAAAAACUAUAAAAGACCGGAAUUACAGGUCACACCACACAAGCACUUUGAUCAAGAGGUCGCCCUGUUGGACGCUAUCUUCCCCGAUGGCGCUGCCUACUGUUUGGGAGCGGUCAACAGAGACUGUUGGUACCUCUACACUUUAAAUCCCUUACCACAAAGAAAAAGGAGGGUGGCCCUGCCAUCCACAGAGCCGGAUCAGACUUUGGAGAUUCUAAUGACCGAUUUGGAUCCGGAAGUGAUGGCAAUAUUUACCAAAGAAGAAUGCCUGAAUGCUACAGAAGCGACUAAAAAAUCGGGAAUCGAUAAAAUCAUACCCAACAUGGUUAUAGAUGGGUUUUUGUUCGAUCCUUGCGGAUAUUCAAUGAACGGGGUGACUAAAAAUGGUUGUUACAUGACCAUCCACAUCACGCCAGAACCAGAUUUUUCCUAUGUGAGUUUUGAGACUAAUAUUCCUAGCAGUUCGAUCAAGGACACCAUCGGCAAGGUUCUGGAAACUUUUUUGCCCGGAAAGUUCACCGUGACAGUCUUUACUAACCAGGACUCCCCCAGCAAGAACAACACCAAGGAAGUACUGGAACUUCACCAAAUAGCGAACAAGUACAACCGGCGCGACGUGCAACAGUGCAGCUUCAAGAACUACGACCUGCUCUACGCGUUCUACACGAAAUUCCCCAGCUGAGGGUGUCGAGCCGAGCUGCGUCGCCCCCGCGCAGCUACCACCCCCUCCCCUCGCUCCCCCCGUCACACUUCCUCCCCCUCGCGCAAGUCCUCCCGUUCGAUUUCCAGCAUUUAUUCCGACAUAUCUCGCCUGGUGUCCGACAAAAGUUUACAAGCCUUCUACCAGGCCCUCUGGCGCAGUUUCAGGAAGCGCUCGUUCCGUUCUUCUUCCUCCAGGCGAUUUUUUAGUUGCGCCUGUUCCAAGGAGCGCGACGUGGCCGCCAGGUUUCGCGAGACUUUCGGCCCUUUCUCCUUCUUCUUCGUUUAUUUCGCGCUGUUCUCGUCGUCGCCCGCCUUCACCUUCACCGACUUCGAGUCCCCGCUGGUGCUGUUCUCGUGGUGGCGCAACAAGAUCUCGUGAGAGAGGGCGCGCGGGUCGAGUGGGGGUGGUGUGGCGUAGGGACAGCCUCGGCGCCCGCCUUUAACCUAUGAGGGUUGGACGGGCGGACCUAGACUACCGUUGUACAUAUAGGGAGCUCUCUACGCUGCAAGACUACACCCGUCUCGGCCGGUACAGAACGGAUCGCUCGAAAUUUAUGACGCCUCGUUGUUUUUUCCCAAUUAGUUUUUGUUACGUCCUUUCCAGUUACGUACUCUCUCUUGCGACGCGGUACUACGGUGUGAUGGAAUGAGAACGAUGUCGUAGCGGGUACAGAAAUGACAUUUCAGUUUGGGCUAACCUACAGUAUAUCUCCGGAUUGUCUUUACAAGAGGAAAAACUUUUUUAUUAUUGACAUUUUGAGUAAAAUGCAUUCUUCAUAAAAAAUUUUGCUUGUUCUAAAACGAUUAACCCCGUUUAUACUUUUCCAAAUUUCCAUACCCUUUUAGAGAAAAUUAAAAAAAACAACAUGAAAUUAUGGUUGAAUUUUUUCAAAGUCGUUUCUGCGGUAAUAUAAUUUAGAUAUCAUUCUUUGUUGGAUUAUUAAUUUUGAUUAACGUCAUAUUUCUUGCUGGUUAAAGUUUAAUUAUUUCUAAAACUGUAUGGAAAUUUGGAAAAAUAUAAACGGGAUUAACCGUUUUAGAACAAGCAAAAAUUUUUAUGAAGAAUGCAUUUUUCUCAAAAUGUCAAUAAUAAAAAAGUUUUUCCUCUUGUAAAAACAAUCUGGGGACAUACUGUAUAAAUAUGUCUGUCAGCUAUAUUGAUCUUCAGUUAUAUGAAGUCUAUAUUGAGUGAUAUAUGACUGAGAAUGUAGUCACAGUGGGCUUUGAAACGACAAUCGACAGCUCAGCUCUACAGGGUGUUCCUUAAUGAAAAUACUUUUUCCCUGUUCUAAGCUAAAACUUCAUAUGAAUCUCAAAAAUUAAGAUGUUUAAAACGUACACUUGUAUGAAGUUUUUUCCUUAGAAUAGGCCCAAGAAUGACCCCCUUUAUUAUUACCACGGCAUUAAGGAAUUAACACCCUGUAUGUGUAAUUUAUUAUAGAUUUAUAUAAAACUUGUCAUAAUUAAAAGGAAUAAUAAUUUUUGUUUUUAAAUAAAACUAAUUAAAUUUGCACGUCUGAAACUGUUUACUUCUUUCUAAUCUACGAUUCGACACUAACUAUCAUCGAAAAUCAUUUCAAAAGCUGCUGUGACGCCGUUUUUUACGUAUUUUAACGUUCGUCAAAAGGAUCUCAAAUAAAUUUUUAACGAUCAAAUAAUUUUUUUACGCCUAUUAUGACGUCGUUUUUAUUCGAUCAUGCUGUAUUUCCAAAAAGGACGUUACGUAGAAGUCCGUGUUUAUUUGGCGAGUGUGUUCAAAGAAAGUUGUACACUGACGCGAGUUUGCUUCUAAAUCAAAAGCAAAGUCGCUUUAUCGAAUUAGUACUAUUAGUACUCUUACCAGUGUACAAUUUAUCGUCACACUUUUAUAGUUAAACGUAGUUGGGGUACAUACGCGUAUAAAAUAAUUUUAUAUGUGCAAACAUCCCUAGGUAGUUCAAAUGAACCUAGUACUGUCAGAAAUCUGUCAUAAACUAUAGAAGAGCGAGAUUUGAAUUUUUAUUGGCAGAAAUGCUGUUAAAUUAUUAAUUAUUUCUGUUAAAAAACAAAAAUUUAGUUAUACAUAUCAUUAACAUAUCUUUCUAUUUAUCUGAAUAUCUUGAGACGCAUUUGAACUAUUUUUUAUUACAUAUUUUUUAUAUGCGUAUGUAGAAAAAAAAAUAUAUUUAAUCGAUAUCAUGGGGCCUUUAGGGAAAAAUAUAAACAAAGUGUACAAAAAGUUAGGUGCACCGAAACAAUAUUUUCACUGCUUUUUUUCGUCGGUUGAUUUUUGUCUUAUUAUA